AUGGAAGGGACAUCUUCUUCACUUCCAUUAACUAUUAAUAAUUUAUUAUUAACAUUUAAAGAAUUCUUUAUUGUUUGGAUAAAUCAAAUUUUAUAUUAUAAUAAAAUUUAUAAUCAAUUAACAUUUGAUAAAUUUAAAUCAUUUGAAUUAAUAAUUUAUAAAAAUAGAAAUCCAUUAAUUCAACAAUAUUUAAAUGAUUUAAUUAUAAAUAUUAUUAAUAAUUUAAUAGUUAGUCAAUCAAAUGGUUUAAAUGAAAUUAAUUGUAUAAUUUAUAAUACAAAUACUAAUCAAAUUAAAAGUAAAUAUUUGAUUAAAUUUCAUAAUUUUAUUAUCAAUUUACAACAAACUAUUAAUAAUUUAGAUGAUAUAGCCAAUGAUCAAUCAUCUAAAUUAAAUAUUGAAGGAAUUGAUUGGCAAGAAAUUUAUACUCAAUUUAAUUCAAUAUUAUUUCAUCAUAUUCAACAAUUAAAACAAUUGAAUAUUGAUGAUAAUAGAGAUGAUACUAACUUCUUCAAGAUAUUAGUUGAUUUAGAUGAACAGAUUAAUCCAACAACAUCCAAUUGGGUGAGAUUACAACAACAACAAACUGUUGAAUCAUAUGAUCAACCAAUUGAAAAGAAAGAUUAUAUACCCAUUGGAAAUGUUGAUUUACAAAUAAUAAAUUUUGAUCUUUAUAAUGAAAUAUUUUGA